UCCCCCGCAGGAGCAGAAUCCCCCAGAGCGCCGGGACCGUCCUCGAGGUGAGGUAUCCUGUGGUGGUUCCGCGGCCGCCUCGGCCUCCGCCGCUGUCCUGUCUGGCCGCGCCGUCCGGGCCGCCAUGCAGAAGGGGUGGAAGAAGCCCCCAGGGCCCAGGGCCUUGGCCGAAGGGAGCAUGGACGAGUACCUGCACAGCUUGGGGCUCUACCGCAAGCUCACACCCAGGGACGCCUCCUGCCUCUUUCGGGCCAUCUCGGAGCAGCUGUUCUGUAGCCAGGUCCACCAUUUGGAGAUCAGGAAGGCCUGUGUGGCCUUCAUGAGAGAGAACCAGCGCAGCUUCGAAUCGUAUGUGGAAGGAUCUUUUGAGAAGUACCUGGAACGAUUGGGAGACCCAAAGGAAAGUGCUGGCCAACUGGAGCUGAGAGCACUUUCUCUCAUCUACAAUCGAGACUUCAUUCUCUAUCGGCACCCUGGGAAGCCUCCAACUUAUGUCACAGAUAAUGGCUAUGAAAACAAGAUUAUGCUUUGCUGUUCUAGUAAUGGGCAUUAUGAUUCCGUGUACACCAAGCAAUUUCAGACUGAUGCUGCUAUUUGCCAGGCGGUGCUCUACGAGAUUCUCUACAAGGAUGUGUUUGUUGUGGAUGGGGAAGAUUUGAAAACUGCCCUUGAUACGUUUCGUGGCAAUGGAAGGAAGAACAGAAACAGCAUCUCCCCAGGAAACGAAGACAGGAUGGAAGACUGGGGCCUGAGCAUCAGCAGUGGCCAUGAGCAGCAGCAACUCGAUAGGUACAGGCAUGGAAUAGAGGAAGGAAAGUUUUCAGAUAAUCACUCCAAGAUGCCUUUCCCCUACAAAGUAAUGAAAGCUCUUGACCCAGAUAUCUAUCGCAAUGUGGAGUUUGACAUUUGGUUGGACAGCAGGAAAGUGCUUCAGAAAUCGGACUACAUGGUGUUUGCUGGGAGACAGUACUUUUUGGGAGACAAGUGCCAGGUCCGAUUGGAGCCAGGUGGGAGAUACUACAAUGCUCACAUUCAGGAAGUUGGCAACAACCCCACUUCAGCAACUGUAUUUAUCGAGGAGCUUGCUGAGAAGCAUGUUGUCCCACUGGCUAACUUAAAACCAGUGACUCAAGUAACACCUGUACCUGCCUGGAAUGUGGUCCCGAGUCGAAAAGGAGGAAGCAGUGGUGGCAGUGGUGGAGGAACAUACCCCAAGAUUCCUGGUGCCUAUGCUCCAGAUAUGGACCUGGAUGUGAAGGGGCGGAAGAGAAUGUUGAAGAAGGUUCGUGGGAAGGAGGUCUUUAUGACGGUGGCUUAUAGCAGGGGCGAGCCCAUGCUUCCCCCCCGGCUCCAGCACAGUCUCCACACCAGCCGCUCUUCUUCUGUCCACUGCACUCCCCCGAACGCUGGUGCCAUGAUGGCUUAUGAUCACCUCCGUCCCCAGCCUCCACCGCCACCACCGCUACCACCACCACCACCUCCAAGACAUAGCCGGGGCUUUGGCAUCCCCAGGGGAGGGGGGGGAGCACCUCGAUUUAUGAAUAGACACAGUGUGGCCCCUCCUGAAAUGGCCUUCUAUCCUGGGCCAGGGAAGAGAUGCUAUCAGAGCUAUGACAACUUCUCCUUUCGGUCCCGGUCUUAUAGCCGGAGCCGCCGGCAGAUGCACUGUGUGAAUAAGGAAUGCCAGUAUAGCUUUGCCCCAGAGCCUGGAGCCACACCUCGGGGCCUGGAGGAAACAAUCACCUACUAUGAAAUCGAAGAAGGUGAUGAGACUGCUUAUCCAGCCAUUGGGCCUCAGAAUACCCCAUCGCCAAUGGUCUCUCCUACUGCUGCUGCUGCUGCAGCUGCUGCAGCUGCAGCUGCUGCUGCUGCUGCUGCUGCUGGAUUCUGGGUAGGAAGACAGGGACCCAACCCUAUGGCCUCGGGCAAACCAGCUGUGACUUCAUCUGAAGAAGAAGUAGAAGAGCCCAGUGACAGUAGCGAUUAUCACCAUAACUACCUUUAUCCUACAGAGCCAGACUAUGAAACUCCAUCGGUCUAUAGCACUACUGAAUCAACUGCUAACCUGACUCUCCAGGAUGGAAGACCAUGUUCUUUGUCUCCUCCAGAUACUGCUGCCUACACUUACUCUCAAAAGAUGCUGAUGAGUCCACCAGGGGUAUCUCCAACUUCUUGUGGAAGUUCCAUGCCACCAGCUGUCUUACCUAGCUGCUCAUCAAAUCAGACUGCUGCUGCCACCGCCACUGCUGUAGCUUCUGUGUCUCCACAGGCCUCUAUGCAGCCUUUCUUCAUGGCUCCAGCCUCAUUGAACCGUCCAGCUGCCCCACCUAGUGAGAUGGGAGAAUCUGGAGGCAUCCCCGUGCCACCGCCUUACUCGUAUGAUCCAAAUGGCAGCGACCUACCUCGAGAUACCAAAGUGUUGCAGUAUUACUUUAACCUGGGACUUCAGUUCUACCAUCAGAGUUACUGGCACUCCAUGGUCUACAUGCCCCAUCUGCAACAACAGCAACAGCAGCCACAGCAGCCACUGCCACCACCCCCCCCAGCAGUGCCUGCUCAGCACAUGGAAGCUUAUCCUGUUUAUCCUGAACAUGUGGCAGUGGUAGACCACGUGGGGUCCCAAGUGUACAAUGACAUGGGCAGGGCUGAUAACCAGCAGGUUUCUUCUGAAACAGCAGCUGGCAGUGAGUAUACAAGAGGCCGUGCAGUGGCAGGUAUCUACAGCAACUCUGAGCAGCCACCGCCACCCACUGGGCCUGUCUACUAUCCUGUCAUGCCAGACCCAUAUGGCCAGCAGCCCAUGCAAGGAUACGACCCCUAUGUCUCUAUGGUUCCUGCUUAUCACUAUCUUACCCCUUGGCAUCAGACGGGUGCAUAUGGCAACUCGCCCCGAAUCCAUGGUGCUCUGAAUUCGGGUCCAAUGCCAAAUGCCCAGGUGAGCUACGUUCCCUCAGCCAGUUCUACUGCUUCAGCUCACUACUCCCCUCCAAACAUGUGAGGUUACAUAUCAGAGAGCCAGACACUGCCACUGCGUUUUAUGCACUGUCUGAUGCUCUAGCUUGCAUUGCCAUGAUUUGUGGGAAAUGCUUGGAUAAGGUUUGGGGUUGCUUCUCUUGUUUUUAGAUUGUGUUUCCUUUUGAUUCAUGUUAGUUAUCAAAAGAUUAAGAUAGAGUACAGUUCUGCCCACGGAGAGUUGAGGUUUGACCCAUGCAGAACCUCCACCUUGCUCAGCUGGCUGCUCAUAAGCUGUCUGGUCCCACCACCUGAGGUAGCCUCACUCAUCUCUGUAUGGGUGGCGGCAGGUGCCUUAGGUUUUUCUCUGACCCUACUUUCCUCAGAGGGCAGGCUCAAAAUGUUCUGUACUGUUUAGACUGAAUUGUUUUGGUUUGUGAUUGUGAUUUGGGCAAGGCACACAGGAGCAGCAGAAUGCCAUCCACUUGCUUUUCUUCUCAAGUGCCUUAAGUGUCUCUCUCUCUCUCUCUCUCUCUCUAGAAGAGAGAGAACCAGUUUGUGUUGUAUUGCCCAGACUAGUUAAUUAAAAAAGCAUUCAAAU